CUACACGAAGAAGAAAAACUAUGCCUUAAACUGGAUUUUCCAAAACUGAAAGGAGAGUCCCGUCUUUGCAGCUCUGUAAAAAGUGAGAGUUGCGGGGGAUUUGACACUAUGGGAAAACUGGACGAGUUACUUUUAAGAACCACAUGCAACUGGACACUGACAUUUUAAAGGAUAACCUUUUUCCUGAAUCAAGAACGAAAAAGGUAUCGCCAAGAGCAGUAGCUAAUUGUGAUGCGGAGAGGAGACCUUGUUCCCCGGGCCUUCCAGGCCCCAGUGGAUGUCCAUGCUAGUGUAGAUGGCCAGGUGUACAUGUUCAGGAACGGCCAGCCAAAUGACUCUGCAGGCUCUUCAGAGGAAGAAGAGUUCAAUGUGAUGGCGCUUAGGCCCCGGGGGCGGCAGGAGCCGGACCAGGACAGACUGGGCAGCCUCAUGCUGCUAGAGAGGGAUGUAUUGGUUGGGGACAACCUCAACAAACUUGCUCUGCAAUAUGGCUGCAAGGUGGCCGACAUAAAGAGGGUGAACAACCUGAUUCAGGAACAGGAUAUGUUUGCAUUGAAAUUAAUCAAAAUCCCUGUGAAGAAACACAGCUUAUUGACUAACACAGAACACAGAACCUCAAAUUCAUCCACACCACAGGACAGACCUACAGCCAGCUCAUCUGGUAGGCCACAUUUACAGGAAUACACUGACUUCCUCAAGGAAGUGGAUCAUGACAUCGAGAGACUGAUUCAAACCACAGAUGCACAGAAUGAGGUCUUUUUAGAGGCCGCAGGGCGGCCACAAAAUUUGGGCUACAGAGGCCAGCGCUUGACCAGCUAUGGAGCAGACUGGGGCAUCCAGUGGUGGAACGCUGUGGUGGCCAUGCUCCUGAUAGGCAUUAUCCUGCCUGUCUUUUAUGUUGUUUAUAUCAAAACACAAGACACUGGAGUGCCUGCUGCUGUAGCGACCUCAAACAGCUCAGGGACAGGCUUCAGCACAGAAAGCCCUAGGAACACUUUUAGCAGCCAGGAAAAUGUCCCUCAGUCUGAACGAACCAAACACAUAGUUCAGGGAAAGAAUGUCUAUGGACUUCAUGCUUAACGUCACUAAGAACCAAACCAGUGUUCUGCUUAAAGGUCAUCAAAGAAGUGUUGUUGUGUAACAUUUCUUUCAAAAAAAGAUUGAAGCUGUAGUAUGGAUUUCUGUAAGUGUUUUACCACAGACAUUGGACUUCAUGGUUUCAGAUGUCUGACUUAUCCAGUCAAUGGUUAUUUCUUUGUGCUAAUUAUUUUUGAAAACAUUUUAACACGUUUGCUGUGUGACAACCUUACAACUGCAAUUGAAUAUGGAUAUUCAGUUUCGGACUUGCUUAAACAUUCUGAACUGAUUGUAAAAUAUCUGUGUGUUUGUUAGUCUUCAUAUCCAAAUGUAGUGCCAUUUUAUAGAGAUGUUUGUUUUCUUUGCGAGGCAUUGGAAAACCUCCCGUGUGUGACAGAAUCUGUCUGAAAUUCAAUGCUCGACUGAGGGACCAUACAGACACUUGUAUGUGUGGGGUACAGCGAUGAGGUAGUCAUUUAAAAAAAAGUGUUAAACACUAUUGCACACCGAGUUUAUGCAACUUAUUGUGACUUGUUAAGCAAAUUUCUACUCCUGAACAUACACUGAACAAAAAUAAACGCAACAUGUUUCAUGAGCUGAGAUAAAAGAUCCCAGAAAUAGCUUUUCUCUGAAAGUUUCUACACAAAUUUGUUUACAUCUGUUAGUGAGCAUUUCACCUAUGCCAAGAUAAUCCAUCCACGUGACAGGUGUGGCAACUCAAGAAGCUGAUUAAACAGCAUGAUCAUUACGCAAGUGCACCUUGUGCUGGGGACAAAAGGCCACUAAAAUGUGCAGUUUUGUCACACAACACAAUGCCACAGAAGUUUUAAGGGAAUGUCAAUUGGUAUGCUGACUGCAGGAAUGUCCACCAUUAUUUAAUGUUAAUUUCUCUACCAAAGCCACCUCCAACAUUGUUUUAGAGAAUUUGCCAGUACGUCCAACCGGCUUCUCAUCCGCAGACCAAAUGUAUGGUGUCAUGUGGGCGAGCGGUUUGCUGAAGUCAAUGUAAUAAGGAGAGUGCACCAUGGUGGGGUUAUGGUAUGGGCAGGCAUAAGCUACGGACAACAAACACAAUUGCAUUUUUUGAUGGCAAUUUGAAUGCAGCGAUACCGUGACGAGAUCCUGUGGCCCAUUGUCGUGCCAUUCAUUAGCCGUCAUCACCUCAUCUUUCAGCACAAUGCACGGCCCCAUGCCGCAAGGAUCUGUACACAAUUCCUGGAAGUUGAAAGGCCAGUUCUUCCAUGGCCUGCAUACUCACCCAUCGAGCAUGUUUAGGAUACUCUGGAUCUAAUAUCCAGCAACUUCCCACAGCCAUUGAAGAGGAGUGGGAUAAUAUUCCACAGGCCACAAUCAACAGCCUGAUCAAAUCUAUGCGAAGGAGAUGUUGUGCUGCAUAAGGCAAAUGGUGGUCACAUCAGAUUUAUGUUCCACGCCCCUACCUUAUUUUAAGGAAUCUGUAACUUAUAUGAACUGUAACUAAUAUCUUUGAAAUUGUUGCAUGUUACGUUCAUAUUUUUCUGUAUAUUUAGGCUUGCCAUAAAGUGGUUGAAUACUUAUUGACUUGA